AUGAUGACGUUGAAUACAACUGUAAGUACGGGUGAUUUGGCGACUAUUUUUAAGGAUAGGUCGAGGUAUGAAAAUCCAGUCGGGGGCUAUUAUCAAUGUUCGCAAACAAAGAAGGCGGAACAGGUGGCGACUAGUAAGAAGAAUUUAAUAUUGAUUAAUGAUGGUACAUACCAUAUGAAAGCGUUGUUAAGAGGGGAAGCAUCUCAGAAGGCUUUGAGUCAGAAUUUGAAGAGAGGGGACAUUUUCCGGGUAGUGACAGGAGAACCUGCGGUUAUCAAGGAGAAGAAGAAGUUUGUAUUGAUUAUUGAUGAUUUUGAAAUAACCAAGAGAGAUGCAGAUGUGAAUGCACAUACUGAGUUUAUCGAUGCGUACUUUGCGGCUCAUCCAAAUGAGGUGGUGAAUUUAGAGGGCGUUGGGAACGAAGGUCAAGAUAUGUCGCCAUCUCCAACUUUAGGAUCUGGAGCUCUAGGCAAUCCUGUGCAGUCAGUGCAUAGACAGUCAGAAGUUCAACUACAACAGAGCAACCAAUUUUCAGGAAAUGAAUCCCAAAAGUCCAAGCCUAUAUUUGCUAUUGAACAGCUUUCUCCCUAUCAAAACAUGUGGACAAUAAAGGCGCGAGUAUCCUUUAAAGGCGAUAUCAAGACAUGGCACAACCAACGCGGUGAAGGUAAACUCUUUAAUGUUAAUUUCUUGGACACUUCUGGAGAAAUUCGUGCUACUGCAUUCAAUGAUAAUGCUAUGAAGUAUUUUGAAAUUUUACAAGAGGGAAAGGUGUAUUAUGUUUCCAAGGCUAGAAUACAGCCAUCUAAACCGCAGUUUUCCAACUUAAAACAUCCUUAUGAGUUGCAGUUGGAUAGGGACACUGUUGUGGAAGAAUGUUUUGAGGCUACUGAUGUUCCAAAGAUGAACUUUAGUUUUGUGAAGUUGGAUCACCUAUCUAGUAUGGAGGCAAAUUCCAGUGUUGACGUCUUGGGUAUUAUUCAGACAGUGAAUCCUCCAUUUGAGAUGACCGCCAAAUCAGGAAAAAAGUUUAACCGUCGUGACAUUGUGAUUGUCGAUGAUACCGGCUAUUCCAUCAGCGUUGGCCUAUGGAACGAACAAGCAGUGGACUUCAAUUUGCCGGAGGGUUCCGUUAUUGCCGUGAAAAGUGCAAGAGUAACUGAUUUCGCGGGCAAAUCUUUGUCCAUGGGGUUCUCUAGUACCCUUCAUCCAAAUCCUGAUAUCCCUGAAGCUUACGCCAUAAAAGGAUGGUAUAAUGCCAAGGGCAGCGAAACCAAUUUCCAUUCUUUAAAAACAGAAGCAGGCGAAUCGGGCGCGGUUAAAUUCAUCGCUAACCGUAUCACAAUCGGUAGGGCUAAAGAGGAAAAUCUUGGCAGAAGUGAGAAAGGUGAUUAUUUUAAUGUUAAAGGAGCGAUCAACUUUCUAAAGGUUGAUAACUUUGCAUAUCCUGCAUGCUCCUCUGAAGGUUGUCAAAAGAAAGUGAUUGAACAAACUGAUGGUACAUGGAGAUGUGAAAAAUGUCAAGUUGACCAUCCUAAUCCAAAAUGGAGGUACAUGCUGACAAUAUCUAUUCUGGAUGAAACAUCUCAAAUCUGGUUGACACUGUUUAAUGACCAAGCAGAAAAAUUGUUGGGCAUGGAUGCGAACACAUUAACAAAGCUGAAGAACACGGAUUCUGAACAAUUCCAGAGAGUAACACAAAGCGUACAAAUGAAUGAAUUCGAUUUCAGGAUUAGGGCCCGUGAAGAUACUUAUAAUGAAGAGACAAGGGUUAGAUAUACUGUAGUAAAUCUUUAUCCGCUGAGAUGGAAGACUGAGUCCGAAUUUUUAGCUGAAGAAUUGUCUAAAACUUUCUUAAAUUGA